UCAUCACUAUCGUGAUUCAUUUGACUUCGAUUCCAUUAUUAUCCCUUUUUCUGUAUUCCUAUAAUCAGUGAGGGAAAUAAAUAAAUGUGCCCUUCAAAAAGUAUUGUGCAAGCCGCGCGAAGGCUUCGUAAGGUUAUAAAUAUUUAGCAUUACGAGGAGGUCUGAUCAGCGUGGUACUCAAACAUAAAGUGAUUUGGCACUAUCCGCGGCAAAAAUGACAGUUAUGGAUUUUUUUGGUUGUGCCUUUUUAGCUUUUGGCCCACCAUUAGCUAUGUUUACAUUUACUGUCGCGGUUGAACCCAUCAGAAUUAUUAUACUAAUAGCCAGUGCCUUCUUUUGGCUCAUUUCUUUAUUAUUAUCGUCGGUGCUCUGGUAUGCUGUGGUGCCACUACAAAAUCACCUCGCAUUUGGACUCGUGUUUUCUGUAUUAUUUCAAGAAGCAUUCAGGCUUUUGUUGUACCGGGUUUUGAGGAAAGCUGAAAAGGGAUUAGAUAAAGUUACAACAUCUGCUGUAGCAGAGAGCAGACAUGUGUUUGCAUAUGUGUGUGGUUUGGGAUUUGGUUUUAUGAGCGGUGCCUUUGCUCUGGCCAAUGUCCUAGCAGAUGCUGUUGGACCUGGAACAAUGGGACUUCGACAAGGCACAGAGUACUUUUUUGUAAUAUCAGCAGCUACAACCCUUUGCUUUAUCUUGCUACAUACAUUUUGGGGUGUUGUAUUAUUUGCUGCUCUGGAUAGAAAAAAUUGGGGACAAGUUAUUUGGGUCGUUGGCUCACACUUGUUUGUGUCAUGUAUGACCUUGUUAAAUGUGUACCAAGCUUAUGUAGCUACUACUUUAUCUGCUUAUGUGGUUCUGAUAAUAACAACUGCACUUGCAUUCAAAGUUGCGGGUGGCAGAGCUCAAAGUAUAGCUCACUGUUUUUCGAGGCAGUAAAAUAAAAAACUUUGAUGACAAAGUUGAAAUAUAGGUAGUUGUGUUUAACAGAAAUGGACAUCACAGAUGGCAUGGUUUUUUUUCCUUAGAUAUUAAACCAUAAAGAGAUUGUUCACUACCCUGAUAUACACUAUGUGUAAAAAGAUAUGAUGUUAAAUUAACAGACCAUAUCUUAUUCUUUGAUAUUAUUAAAA